CAGGACAUGACUGAGGGUCUGUCACUGUUCCAGGCAAACAUAAGAGUUUGUGCUUUCAGGUAGAUCACAUCGAUUCAGUCCCACAUCAGUAUAUGAGGAGAGACACUCCUUUCAUAAACAGCUCUUUCACUGGUGAACAUUGCUCAGGCCAUCAUGCGUGUGCUGUACACUGACCUGGAUAAAGAGAAACAGCAGCAGGCUCUGGCGCUGAGCUUAGAGGCACGGGGAGAGCACUUUGACCUGGGAAAGAAGAUCAGUGCUCCUCAGGACUUGAUGAUGGAAGAGCUGAAACUGCGCUCAAACAGAGGGUCCAGAAUGUUCCAGGAGAGACAAAAGAGAGUGGAGAGGUUCACACUGGAGAGUGUCGGGGGGAGAUAUGAGCCUCUCUUACAUGAGGAGACAGAGGUCCAGCAGGCCGAUACCAACCCACCCGAGACAACCAAAAAAGGAAAUCCAAAUGUUCUUGCACCAGGUUAUUCUGGGCCCCUCAAAGAGGUUCCUCAUGAGAAGUUCAAUGUCACAAUAGUCCCAAAAUCCUACUGCUCUCCCUGGGAAGAACCAAGUGACAGUGAGACACUGCUAGCAAACAUUAAUGCCAACCUGCCGGAGCCUCCCCAGAAACACACCCCUUCCAACUACAAAAGCUUCAACAGAGCUCCUAUGCCAUUUGAAGGCACAGCAGGUAGUAUGAGAAUACUGCCUCUGCCUGGCUUUGAGAUGAUUCAGACUUUCACAGAGCCUAGGCUCACCUGGGAGAGAAUGUGUGACCGACCCAACUUCAAUCGUGUACCUGCAGGAUGGAGAGCUCAACGUGAGACGGAUGAUCUGUAAAAACCACCCCAGAGAAGAGCUGUUGAGAAUGUCUGCACAAGUCGGGUGAUGAUCAGAGAAGAGUACCAUCAUGUGGACGUUGAUGUGAGAGUCUGCAGGCUUCAUCCAUUUGCAUGUGUAUGGAAUGGAAUCACAUCAAUUGCAACCUGAGCCAACAGGCACUAAGCAAUGCCUGUUAAUUAAAGUUUACAUGUGUGGUUUCAAUA